AUGAGCUCCUCGAUCGACGAUCUCUCUACUCCGGAGUUGCUCUCCUCGCCUUGGUGCUCCGGAUCGUUCUUGUUGGAAGGUGGCGCGAAACUCCCGAUUGCCUUCUCAAUGAGACGUCACAAAUCGGUCCUCGUUGACGUGAGGAUUACCAUUUCUCUGCUCUCUCUUCUUCAUUUUUUUUCAGCUGCCUCGAUCAGGGAGGCGGGUCGCGAGAACAGGAGUCCGUGGUCUUAG